AUGGCAAUGAUCCAGGUGCCGGUGAGAGGCAUCCGGACUCUCUCACAACGGAAUUUUAGAUGUUUGAGAGGCCUACUCAGCCCACAAUCCGUUUACAUCAACAGAUCACAAACCUGCAGGCAUCUUACACAAAAUACUGCUUCUGCUACUCAUUCUCACUUCACCAAAAAUGUGGACCCCGAUCGAAAGGCAGUCGGCCAGCAACUACGGGAAGAAUGGGCUAGAUACAAUGAAUUUCCGGAGCCGUCUAGGGCAGAAGACUUCAAGGAGGGACAAACCGUCACUGUCCACGGCUUCCUCUUCAGGAAACGGAUAAAAUCCUCAAAACUAGCCUUUGCAGACAUUCAGAUCGACAAUGGCCCCGCUGUCCAGAUCACUUCCAGCUUCCAAGAACAAAACAGCCCAGCCCACGCCGUGAACCAAGACCUCAGGGGUAUUCCCCUUCACAGCCCAGUCUCCGUGACAGGCACCGUUGCCCAGCUCCACACCAACUCACAACCCGACGACACCCUUUUGGAUACAGCCAAAGCCGAUGGCGAGACACAAUCACUAACGGGAUCCUCAAGACCGGGCAGUUUCCCAGACCAGGUCUUCCGUAUUGAUCUUGAUCUGACGAGCAUCCAACCCUUGAACGUCUUCCCUAAGGAUAUCAUCGUUUCCAAGGGCGUCCAAUUUCCGCCCUCGUCGCGCCAUCUGCAGAUCCGGUUUUCUGACGCCCUACGCACUCGGUUACUUGUCCGCCCGCAAAUAGCAUUCCAAUUGAGAAAGUCUCUCAACGACCUCGCCUUCACUGAAGUCGAAACGCCCGUGUUAGCCCCCAGCAGUACAAGCAGAUUCUCAUGGCCAGCGGCAUCCGGGGAUAUUACCAAUUUGCUCGUUGCUUCCGAGACGAAGAUCUACGGGCGGAUAGGCAACCAGAGUUCACACAGGCAUGACAUCACUGCUUCCAUGACUGUAACUGCAAAGCGGUGGGCUAACUCGGCGCAGCUGGAUCUGGAGAUGUCGUUUGCUAAGGGUGAGGAUGUUAUGCGCACGGUUGAGUCCAUCGUCUCGGACCUCGCCGUCUCCUUGAACUCGGACUUCUCCGUCGUGGAUACCGGCGAAGAGGUGUAUCUCGCGCCGAAAAAGAGUCUGCUGAACCGUGUCGACCACAUUCUGCCGCGAUCAUUUGUGUCCAUGAUCACCCACCUCGAAAACCCGGUCGUAGAAGCCUUCAGGUUCCGGCCUAAUUCUGUUGGAGAAGGCCAGGUUCCUACGUCGAGCUUCGUUGACGGGUUGAUGAAGACACUUCCCCCAGCCCUUAGCCAAAAUCCGGAUGGUGCGCCGGUCGCACUCAUCAUCGACUCGUCGAAACCACUCCGCGGCCUUUCUCCUCUGGGUUUCGAGGGUGCGGGUGCUUUGGAAAGCAGUGAGAUGCCUGGCCUCGCCGAUUUUGAAGACGGCGAUGUACUAGUCUUCCAAGCCCGCAAAGACGAGCCAUUCCAAGGAGGCUCGACCGCCAUAGGCACAUUCAGGUCUCUUGUUUACCAAACAGCUGUCUCCAAAGGCUUGCUUCCCCGGGAUCUCAGUUUUAAAUUCCUUUGGGUCAACAACUUCCCCAUGUUCACGCCAGACAACGAGACAGACCCGGGCCAGGGCGGCCAUGCUGGCUUCUCGGCCACCCAUCACCCCUUUACGGCACCUUUAACGAACGAAGACGUCGAGCUAUUGGCGACAAAUCCCUUGAAGGCGAGGGGAGACCACUACGAUCUAGUCGUCAACGGCGUCGAGCUAGGUGGCGGCAGCCGACGUAUUCAUGUGGCCAAGAUGCAGGAGUACAUCAUGAGGGAAAUUCUCAAAAUGACGGACUCUGGCGUGGCUCAGUUCUCCCAUCUGCUCGAGGCCCUCCGUGCAGGCUGUCCUCCCCACGCAGGCUUCGCCCUCGGGUUUGACCGUCUUGUCGCGGUGCUCACCUACACGGACUCGGUCCGCGACGUCAUCGCUUUUCCCAAAUCGAUGAAGGGCGAGGAUCUCACGGUCAAGAGUCCUGGGCGGAUCACCAAGGAACAGCUCGACACAUACCAUUUGGCGUUCCCCAGCAAAACGUGA